AUGCAUCCGCCGACACCCCAACCCUCGUUGGAGGUGGUUGCAGCCGCCAAGUCCUCCUCCGGGCGAGCCAAUGCCCACAAGGCGGCAGCAGCAGCGGCGGGCAAGGCGGUGCAGAGCGAGGGCGGGGGGCAGAGCCCCAGCCCGGCGGCGACCGAUGCGCCUCAGCUGCUGUACGCCGCCGCGGCAGCACCUGGGCACACCCUGCCAGACCAUGUGGAGCAGCCUGCACGCGUGGACGUCAUCCUGCAGAAGCUCAAGGCCGCAGGCAUCACCACCUCGGCCUUUGAGGGGCAGCUGCGCCAGGUGCCCGCGGCCCAGCUGGCCCCCCUGGAGGAUGUGCGGCGGGUGCACAGCUAUGUGGACGAGCUGCGGCGGGUGGCGGCAGAGGAGGCGCCCAAGGCGGUGGCCGACAUUGGGGACCCGGACGGCGUCACCUACGUCACGCAGACCUCCUUCGACGACGCCCUGAGGGCCGCGGGCGCCGCCACGGCCCUGGUGGACGCUGUGGUGUCCGCCAGCCGCGGCGGGGGGCCCGGCACCGCCGCCUUCUGCAUCACGCGCCCGCCGGGGCACCACGCCACCGCCGACACGCCCCUUGGCUACUGCCUGUUCAAUAAUGUGGCGCUGGCGGCGCGCCACGCGCAGCGCCGCCACGGGCUGGCCAAGGUGGGCGGACAGGGCGGCGCGGCGGGCCUGCGGCAUGCGGGGGAGGCGUGCGUUCUGGCCGUGUUUGACUCCCUCAUCGCCCCCGCCGCCCGCCGCUUCCGCCCCGACAUCAUCCUCGUCUCCGCCGGAUUCGACGCGCACUGGCGGGACCCCUUCCAGCAGCUGCAGUUCAGGAGCAGCACCUACCACAAGCUCGCGGUGCGGCUGAGGCAGCUGGCGGCGGCGCUGUGCGGCGGGCGGCUGGUGUUUUUGCUGGAGGGCGGGUACCAUACAGAGGCGGUGGGGGAGUCGGUGUGCGAGGUGUUCCUGGCGCUGCUGGGGCGGCGCAGCGUGGAGGGGCAGGCGGCGCUGGAGCUGCCGCACGAGGAGCCGGUGGGGGAGGUGGGGGAGCUGGUGGCGCAGCUGCGAGGCAUACACGGCCUGUAG